GGCAGUGCGGGGGCGGGGCCGGCCGUCAGCUGACUGUGGCGGCGGCGGCCUUGCGGGGUAAUAGUUAGAUCGCGGUUCCGCGCGAAGGGUCGCCGGCGCGUCACCUCUCGGAGGGCGAGGCCUGAGGCCGGCCAGACCAUGGCGACCACCGUCAGCACGCAGCGCGGGCCGGUGUACAUCGGGGAGCUGCCUCAGGACUUCCUGCGCAUCACGCCCACACAGCAGCAGCAGCAGAUCCAGCUGGACGCACAGGCUGCGCAGCAGCUGCAGUACGGAGGGGCGCUGGGCACCGUGGGCCGCCUCAGCAUCACCGUGGUGCAGGCCAAGUUGGCAAAGAACUACGGCAUGACCCGCAUGGAUCCGUACUGCCGACUGCGCUUGGGCUACGCGGUGUACGAGACGCCCACAGCCCACAACGGCGCCAAGAACCCGCGCUGGAAUAAGGUCAUCCAGUGCACGGUGCCCCCGGGUGUGGACUCCUUCUACCUGGAGAUCUUUGACGAGCGAGCCUUCUCCAUGGACGACCGCAUUGCCUGGACACACGUGACAAUCCCCGAGGCGCUGAGGCAGGGCAAGGUCGUGGACGAAUGGUACAGCCUGAGCGGGCGGCAGGGCGACGACAAGGAGGGCAUGAUCAACCUGGUCCUGUCCUACACGUCACUGCCGGCUGCCAUGAUGAUGCCGCCUCAGCCCGUGGUCCUGAUGCCCACUGUGUACCAGCAGGGCGUCGGCUACGUGCCCAUCACAGGGAUGCCCGCCGUGUGCAGCCCCGGCAUGGUGCCUGUGGCCCUGCCCCCAGCCGUAAGCGCCCAGCCCCGCUGCAGCGAGGAGGACCUGAAGGCCAUCCAGGACAUGUUCCCCAACAUGGACCGGGAGGUGAUCCGCUCUGUGCUGGAGGCCCAGCGGGGCAGCAAGGAUGCGGCCAUCAACUCCCUGCUGCAGAUGGGCGAGGAGUCCUAGAUGUGCCCCGCUGCCAGCCCGCCUGCCCGCCUGCCCGCCCAGCUCCCAGGAGCACCGUCCCCCGCAGAUCCCCGUGAACGCACCCUGCGUAGCCCCUUCCUCGGACGUCUGUGUAGCCCAGUCCACACCCUUGUUCGGGAUGCAUGUGGUUUUCGGUUCCUGCAGCCGUUCUCGACGUGGUCGCGGCGGGUGGGGGGCCUCUCCCGCAUUGGUCGGAGGGCCGUGUCCCGUGUGCGCGCCCGCCUUCCCGCCGUCCCGGGAGGCUCUCCUGGGAGCAGCUGCCCCCACCAGGGCCUUCGCGCCGAGCCUUCUCUGGUUUGAUUGGUGGCCUGCGGUGACGCGACCUGAUCGGGUAGGCCCAUUAACGCAAGGCACACAGAACCCACUGACAGCGGGUUUGGGGUCACUUAGAAGUUUCAGCUGAAAACUUGUCUCCUCCCCUUGGUGGUGUUCGUGGGCUGCUCACCCCCGUCCAGCCUCGGCUGCAGAGCUCAGCCUGAGUGCAGAGCAGCCAGGUCUGGGCGUGGCGUCGGGAGCCCUGGCCCGAGCCCUGGGCCCUCAAUCUCUCCUGCUGUCUCACCCGCCUCUGUGUGAUGCUGUCCCGAAGGGUCACCGCUCCCCCCGGGAUGCACUCUGGCAACAGAACUAAAACUGGGGUGUAAGAAACAGAU